AAACGAAAGCUUCAAUCCACUAACAAGUAUGUUUAUUCUUUCAGUGCAGUGGGAUGUCUCUCUCCGCUGAACGCAAUCACCUCCUCUCUCCUCUCCUCCCUUCUAGCUCGACCUUCUCACGGCAGCAGCAGCGGGGAGUCGAGGACUUCCGUUGAGGCUAAGGGAUCGAUCCAUCGAAGGCUUUCAUUUUAGGAAGACAAAAGAAAUAAUGAAGAAUAAAGACCCUAGAUCAGAAGCAUAUAUUGAUAGAAGCUCUAGAAUUGUUCCAGCGACUUUAAUGCUCAUUGUCCUAUGUGGGUUUUCUUUCUAUCUAGGAGGCAUCUAUUGCUCUGAAAAGAACAGAUACUUUAACAUGGAUGUUGUGCCAGCUAUUCAAUUGCGCAAUAAAUCUUCUGCCACUUCUCUUCAAAUUGACUCAGUUGAGUUUCCUGAGUGUGGUAUUGACUAUCAAGAUUACACACCAUGCACGGACCCCAAGAGAUGGAGGAAGUAUGGUAAUUACAGGCUUAGUUUCAUGGAGCGCCAUUGCCCACCAAUGGCCGAGAGAAAAGAAUGCUUAGUGUCUCCACCUCUUGGGUAUAAAGUGCCAGUGCGAUGGCCAAAGAGCAGAGAUCAAUGUUGGUAUAGAAAUGUCCCUUAUGAUUGGAUCAACAAUGAGAAAUCAAAUCAACACUGGCUCAGGAAAGAUGGAGAAAAGUUCAUUUUUCCAGGUGGAGGUACUAUGUUUCCCAAUGGAGUUGGUGCUUAUGUUGAAUUGAUGCAAGAUCUUAUUCCUGAAAUGAAAAAUGGAAUUAUCCGAACUGCUAUUGAUACUGGGUGUGGGGUUGCAAGCUGGGGAGGUGAUUUGUUAGACCGUGGAAUAUUAACUGUUUCUUUGGCACCCAGAGAUAAUCAUGAGGCUCAAAUACAGUUUGCUCUUGAACGUGGGAUUCCAGCCAUUUUGGGCAUCAUUUCGACUCAACGCCUUCCAUUCCCGUCCAAUUCAUUUGAUAUUGCACAUUGUUCCCGAUGUCUUAUUCCAUGGACAGAAUUUGAUGGAAUUUAUCUAUUAGAGAUACACAGAAUACUUCGACCUGGUGGCUUCUGGGUUCUCUCUGGGCCACCUGUAAACUUUGAAAAUAGGUGGCGUGGAUGGAAUACAACUGCAGAAGAGCAGAAAGUGAACUUUGAUAGGUUAAAGAAAUUGUUAACGAGCAUGUGCUUCAAACUCUACAACAUAAAGAAUGACAUUGCAGUGUGGCAGAAAUCUGCUGACAGCAGUUGCUAUGAUGAACUUAGUGCAUCUGCUUAUCCACCUAAGUGCGAUGAUAGCAUGGACCCAGAUUCAGCAUGGUACAUUCCACUCCGAACUUGCUUAAAUGUUCCAAAUCAAAAGUUCAAGAAAUUGGCUAUAAAAUCUAUGCCAAGGUGGCCCCAAAGGCUGCAUACAGCUCCAGAACGCCUUGGCAUGGUACCAGGAGGGAAUUCUGAGGGAUUCAGGCAUGAUGAAAGCAAGUGGAAGGCCAGGGUAAAACACUACAAGACAUUGCUUUCAGCUCUUGGAACUGAUAAAAUCCGAAAUGUUAUGGAUAUGAAUACAUUGUAUGGAAGCUUUGCAGCAGCACUCAUUGACGAUCCUGUAUGGGUAAUGAAUGUUGUCUCCUCUUAUGGUCCAAAUUCCCUGAGUGUGGUAUAUGACAGAGGACUAAUUGGAACCUAUCAUGACUGGUGUGAGUCGUUUUCAACAUAUCCUCGAACAUAUGACCUCCUUCAUGUAGAUGGGCUAUUUACUGCUGAGAGUCACCGGUGUGAGGUGAAAUAUGUGAUCCUUGAGAUGGAUCGUAUUCUGCGUCCAAAUGGGUAUGUUAUAAUCCACGAAUCAACCCACUUUGUAGAUGUUGUCUCAACCAUCGCCAAAGGGACGCGAUGGGAUUGUGAAAAACAUGACACAGCAUACAACACAUCGAAAGAGAAGCUGCUGAUAUGUCAGAAAAAACUAUGGCAUGCAAAGGGAAGUCAGCUUUGAGCCACUAGUGAAGAAAGGUGAUCAUAUUCUACUGCAGAAAAACAUCCAGUGGGAGUGCAAAUUUUUGGUCAAAAGGCUCGUCGUAUCUGAUAUUUGGUUUUAAGUAUCCAUAGAAGAAUAAUAGAAAUAAGUUGUUGAACAUCUGAUAAAAAGGGGACCACAUAUUCUUUUUACAAGGGUUUAAUUUGGUUUCGAGA